AUGGCUGAUGCUCAUCAUCACCACCAGAACGGUGGGUCGUCGUCGAAGCGUCCGCGCUCUUCCACCGGAGACAACAACAACCACAACGACCAAGGCGGUAGCAGUUCCAAGAGACAGCGGACCGAGGCCCAUGCCCAGGAUACGCAGAACCUUGAUCCCUUGGGGUUUCCCAACGUCGACGCCUUUGGUCAUCCGCAGCUUGACUACAACAACUAUGUCGCCCCCAUGGCCACCAUGCAACAGUACAACAUGCCGCCGCCAACAGCGACAGCGACAGCGACAUCGGCCGGCAACCCAGCCGCUCCCAACGGCGUCUCUUCUUCCUACGGCGCCACCUACCAAGGAUCCCUACCGGCGAAUGUGCCUCGGUCGUCCACCCGCAGCGGUCUCAAGAUCGGUCCCCUGACUCUCGAGCAAGCCCAGCUCGCCAUCCCCGGACACCUGUCGCCUGCCGACAAGGAAGUCCUCAAGACCCGGCUGCAGGACGAACUCAACCGGCAGCGCGCCCAUCCGCCGGCCCUGCCUCGCUCCGAAGUCUCCGGCCUGCCCCCCAAGGAAUUCAUGCCCGAGUACAAAAAGAUCGAGGAGCACUUCACACCCGAGCUCAAGGCCCGCAUCCGGACGUUCAACGCACGCAUCUCCGAGGAGCUGCAGCGCAUCGACCGCGAGCGCAACAACCAGGCGGCUAAAAAGUCGCGCGAGACCCGCCUCGAGGCCCUCCGUCUCACGCGGGACAUGCUCAACAAGAAGACGGCCGAGCGCGACUGGCUCCGCCUCAAGGUGCUGCAGCUCCAGGGCGAACCAAACGAGUACGACGCCCUGCCGGACCAGACACGGCGCCGACUCGUCGAGGUGGUCGAGACGCGCGUCCGCGAGAUUGACCAGACCUACGCCGAGGAGAAGAAGCAGGAGGAGAGCCGCAAGCGGGCCGAGCGCACGCGCCUGCGCGCCGAGGCGCGCGAGCUCGAGGCGAUGACGCCCGACUACUUUCUGAACGAGAUUGUGCCGCCCGAGGAGGCCCUCACGGCCAUUGUCGGCGAGGACGGCACGUAUAUCGACAAGGAGCAGGAGGAGGACGGCGAGGGGGAGCCGGAGCAGCAGCUGUAUGCAGAUGGCGGUGGUGUCCUGGACGAGCAUGUGUUGGAGCGGACGCUGUAUGGAGGGGGGCACCAUGGUCACACCUUGAGACUGUGA